CUCCCGCCCAGCACAGCCCGGGAGGGGCAGCCGCUGCGCCACCGCCGCAGGCCCCGCUCCCACCCGCCGCCCAUCCCCCGGCUCCCGCGGCCCCGCGGCGCCCCCUUCUGCGGACUCCGCGGGACCCUUCCUGGCCGGCACUGUGCGCGGGAGAAGGCGUCGCGGUGCAGGCAUGGCCGCAGGGGCGGCCGCGCGGAAGGCGGCGCCGGUGCUGGAGGCGCCCCCGCAGCAAGAGCAGGUCUCUCAUACAAAACUUUCUGCAGAAGAUGCAUGGAAGUUGAGGGCUUUUUCAGAUGACCUCAUUUGCCGGUUCCAGCCUGCAGCAGGAGAGGAUGUACAAGAUGCACCGCGGCCAUGAAUCCAUGCACGUGGAAAUGAUCUUGAUCUUCCUCUGUGUUCUGGUCAUUGCCCAGAUAGUGCUGGUUCAGUGGAGGCAGAGGCACGGCCGAUCCUACAACCUGGUGACCCUGUUGCAGAUGUGGGUUGUCCCCUUAUAUUUCACGAUAAAACUAUACUGGUGGCGGUUUCUGUCUAUGUGGGGGAUGUUCUCCGUUAUUACCAGUUACAUCCUCUUCAGAGCUACCCGAAAACCCCUCUCUGGGAGGACACCACGAUUGGUCUACAAAUGGUUUCUUCUGAUCUACAAACUCAGCUAUGCAUUUGGUGUUGUGGGCUACUUGGUGAUCAUGUUUACAAUGUGUGGAUUCAAUCUGUUUUUCAAAAUCAAAGCUAGAGAUUCCAUGGAUUUUGGCAUUGUGUCUUUGUUCUAUGGCCUCUACUAUGGAGUAAUGGGGAGAGACUUUGCCGAGAUCUGCUCAGACUACAUGGCUUCCACCAUAGGGUUCUACAGUGUCAGCGGGAUGCCUACAAGGAGCUUAUCAGACAACAUCUGUGCAGUCUGUGGGCAGAAGAUUAUUGUGGAGCUUGAUGAAGAUGGGCUCAUUGAAAACACCUACCAGCUUUCCUGUAAUCAUGUCUGGGAGCGCACACAUUUUCUGUAUGGACAAAUCCUGGAUUGGCUUCGUUAUUUGGUAGCCUGGCAACCUGUGGUGAUAGGAAUUGUUCAAGGCAUUAACUAUUCACUAGGACUGGAAUAGUACAGCAGACUUAUCCCAGAAGCAAUAUACUGCAUGGUUGAAAUCCCUGGUCCUACAUUUAAUACAAUUUUUUUUAUUUUAGAAAUGAUCCCAAGUGUUUAGAACACUAAGUAAAUUUUGUUGUCAUACUGAAAGCAAUUUGCCUAUGUGGAAAGAAUUUAAAGAGAAACUGAACCAUGGAAUAAACAAAUAAAGCAUGUUUUUUCAUCUUUCC